AUAAAGAGAUUAAAAAAACCGCAAAAGAGUUGUGCUCUCGCUCUAACAAAUAAAUAAAGGGGUAGUGAAUUGAUGCAUCGAUCGGCGUUGGGUGAGAAGUGCUCCUCCUCACCGAUCAUCAGUCAUCACCUUCCUCCGCUUUCAUACUUUUAUUACUGUGAUAUCAUUAACAACAACUAGGGGUCAACGCACACACUUUUAACUUUUCCCGAUUCCCCCGAUUUCUCCGCUUUAAAUAAAAGAUGAUGAGAUGAAAUAAUUUCAUUCAGAGCUGUUGAGUGUUGGUGCGAACGUGUUUCCUGGGAAUAACCUUGGAUAUUCAAGGAGAACAACAACUACUAUGUGAACAGUUCAAGGAGGUUGCAAGCAAAAUUUAAGGAAAGAGUAGCAGUUUUCUGUGCCGCCAACGUUCCUUCCUGCAUGUGUUGUUAAGACGGUGUUUGGUUCCCCGCAAAACUGUUGAAAACUGCUGUCGGAGUGUUGUGUUUUCCGGCCCCCGCUUUAUGCGAAUUCGGACGCUAACUAAGCCAUGGCGGGAAGCGACGACCUCGAGCCGAUCCCCCCCGCGAACCGCACCCUUUCUUGGUACGACAUCACGAGCCUAUGGAUCAGCAUGCUGGUCUGCAUUCCAUCUUACUACACGGCCGGCAGUCUCGUAGACCUCGGCAUGUCGUGGUGGCAAGGCAUCGUCACGAUUGUCGCCGGAAACACGAUAAUUCUCAUCCCUCUCAUACUCAACGCACACCCAGGGACGCGCUACGGCAUUCCCUUCCCCGUGCACCUACGGUCGGCCUUCGGAGUCCGAGGAGCUCAUGUCCCCUCCCUACUCCGCAGUCUAGUGGCCUGUGGCUGGUGCGGCAUCGAGACCUGGAUCGGCGGUCAGGCUAUCUUUCUUCUCCUCCUCCCCUCCUCUCUCAAGCAAUCUUGGUUUGCACAGCCCCUCGCUUGGCUCGGCAUAUCGGUUCUCGAAUUCUCGUGCUUCUUGCUGUUCCUGUUCAUCCAAUUGGCCAUCAUUUGGAAGGGCAUGGACACGAUUCAAGUUAUCGAGAAGUACUCGGCCCCAGUUCUCAUCCUAGUGAUUCUCUGGCUCUUCUCCUGGGCUUAUAUCAAGGCCGGCGGCUUGGGGGAGAUGCUCUCCACUCCGUCGCGCCUCGAUCCGACACACUUUUGGUACGUCUUCUUUCCUUCGCUAACCGCCUGCAUCAACAACUGGUCCGGUCUCAGCUUGAACAUCUCUGAUUUCACGAGAUUCGUGAGAAGCCAACCCGAUCAAAUCUUCGGUCAGCUCAGUAUGCCACUCUUUCAAGGCCUGUACGCGUUCACGGGCUUGGCGAUCGCUUCCUCUACGGCGGUGAUCUACGGUCGAGUGAUCUCCAAUCCGGUCGAGCUCCUGUCGGUGAUCGGCGGCUCCGCUUUAACCAAAGUCAUCGCCACCUUGGGGAUCGCUCUCACCACCGUCACUACCAAUAUACCUGCCAACAUGGUUGCCCCAGCUAAUGCUCUCGUCAGCCUCAGCCCUUCCUCUUUCAGCUUCUCGAGAGGUGCUUUUCUCGCUGGGGUUCUGAGCAUCGGCUUCCAGCCCUGGAGGAUUAUCCAGUCCAGUGAGAACUUCAUCUACACUUGGCUUGUCAGCUAUUCGACAAUCUUCGCCCCGAUCACAGGGAUUCUUCUAACCGACUAUUACAUUGUCAAUAAUAAGGUGUUGGAUGUGAAUGCCUUGUACUCCGCCGAUCCCGACGGGCCGUACUACUAUUUGGGAGGGUACAAUGUUGCUGCAUUUGUCGCGCUGAUCGUCACUGUUGUGCCCACCGUCCCAGGUUUCCUUCACAAGAUUGGGAUUCUCGCAGAAGUUUCGGAGGCUUUCGUCGCCAUCUACGACAAUGCUUGGUUCUUUGGGAUCUUCCUGGCAUCGACAAUCUAUUGGCUCUUGACUCGCGGGAGAGGAAAGAGCAAGGUUCGUGUUGAUCCAUCGAUGUCGGAACCGCUCGUCUCUUGAUUGGCUGGUCCUUAUCUGAAAAGUCGAAAACGCGAACAAACAAAUUUCUGUCUAGAGUCAUCCUGCAGAUGCAUUACACAUGGUAUUCUGGCUCAAAAAUAGAAACAUUCUUGGCAGAUUCAUAAUGCAAUGUUCUUCAGCACAAGUGUAAAUUUCAGAGUAACAAUUUUAUCACAAUUCA